AUGCAGUUCCUGGCCCCGUCCGUCCAGAAGGAACUCAUGGCGGCCAAAAAUCACCAUAAGCCACCCUUCCGCGCCGAGCACAUGGGCUCGCUGCUGCGGCCCGAGGCCUUGUCCGAGAAACGCAUCGCCCUGGACGGCAGCAAGGCCGUCGAGAUUGCCGCGGACGAGGAGCUGAACCGUCUCGAGGAAGAGGGCGUGCGCGCCAUCAUCAAGACGCAGCAGGACCUUGGCUUCCGCGCCGUCAACGACGGCGAAUACCGUCGCCACCAGUUCUGGGGCAACUUCUUCCCCGGCUUGGAGGGCUUCGAGGAGGUCGACGCGCCGAGCUGGGACAUCUUCCGCAUGUACGUGCCGGACAUUGCGGCCUUUGUCGAGAGCGACCACAAGCCCGGCGAGUCCAUAGUUUGCACCGGUAAGAUCAAACACAAGGGCAGUACAUAUCUGCGAGAGUGGGAAUUCUUGAAGAGCAACAUCCCGCCUGGGCGCGUCAAGGAGGCUAAGCUGACCCUCCCGGCGCCCGAAUGGUAUCACCUGCGGUACCAGAAAGGACACGCGUACCCCAAAGACGUCUAUGCCAAUGAUAGAGAAUACUUCGCCGACAUCGCCAAGGCGUACCGCACCGAACUGGAUGUCCUGUACAGCCAUGGUGUACGGAACGUUACAAUUGACGACCCCAACUUGGCGUAUUUCUGCUCGGAAAAGAUGCUCCAGGGCUUCAAAGACGCGGGCGAAGACUCGGACGCCCUACUGCGGUCCUACAUCAGGCUGUACAACGACUGCAUCUCCUCGCGGCCCGCCGACAUGCACCUCGGCAUCCACCUCUGCCGCGGCAACUUCGCCUACUCGCGGCACUUCUCCGAGGGCGGCUACGACCGCGUCGCGUCGCGGCUGUUUAACGACAUCAACGCCGACACCUACUUCCUCGAGUACGACACGGACCGCGCCGGCGGGUUCGAGCCCCUUCGGGCGCUGCCCGCGCACAAGAACGUUGUCCUGGGCGUCGUCACAUCCAAGUUCGCGGAGCUCGAGGACCUCGAAACGCUGAGGGGGCGGGUAUUCCAGGCGGCCGAGUUCGUGGCCGAGGGCUCUGGCCAGACGCGCGAGCAGGCGUUGUCGAGGAUCGGGGUCAGCCCGCAGUGUGGGUUCGCGAGCCAUCAUCUGGGCAAUUCGAUCUCGCAUGAGGACAUGGUGAACAAGCUGAAGCUGGUAAGACGGUUGGCCGAAUCCAUCUGGCCGGGCGAGCCUUGA